GAGAUAUGAGUUCAGACACUGUUGAAUUUAUUCUCACUAUAAUUUGUAUAGUAUUUUCAUAAAGUAAGUUUUGCUGUGCCAUGAUUUGUUUAUAAAAUUAGCUUUGAAUGAAUGAGUAGAUAUAACAUAUUCAAAAAAUAUAUAUAAUGUGAUACAGUUGGCAAUCAUUAAUAUUAAGAUAUUGUAGGUGGAAAUGAUAUGAUACAUAUUUAAUCGCAAAUUAAUUAAAAACAAAUUUACAAACUGUAUAUACCUUAAAAAAUAAAUGUGAUCUUUUAUCGAUAUACAGAAUGCAGAUAGUGCAUUUUUUUUGGAGUUUUAUUUGGUAUAUUUUGUUUAUUUGUCAAGUCAAUGCUGUAGAAUAUAAUAUAACAUUAACUCACGAUGGUCCUGUAGUAUUAGGUGGGACUAUUACAUUUAAAGCAGAUAUCUUUGAGAAUGAUGAUAGACCAUCAGGAACAUUUAAAUAUAAAUGGAGCGACAAUGCAUUAAAUCCUCAUAUAUAUGAGACAGGAGAAACAUCAAAUACAACAACAUAUUGGAGUUUAAAUAUUUUACAUGAAAAUUAUACAAUUGGAAUAUAUGAAGUUGAAGUGAUAGUUAGUAAAUUUGUUAUUUUAUGGUGGGAGAAACUUACUAGUGUUCGUGCAAAGUUUUAUGUCACUCAAUUUCUUAAUGGAGAUAUCAAAAUUAUACAAUCCAACAAAACAUCAAUAGAUACAUAUGUUUCUUCAGCAUCUGAAGCAAAUGUAACAAUAAAUAUAAGAAAAGGUGAUAUGGAUUAUUUGAUGAAAGCUACAACAGUAUCAAUUUAUUGGUUCAUAGAUUGCAAAUAUUUUGGUCAAACAAACGAUUUAAAUUUUCUCUACAAUUUUACAAAUCCUGAUAUAUCGCAUAUAUUAGAAGCUUUAAUAAUUGCAUCAUAUGAUUCGCUAACAACAUCUGUUUUACCAUCUACAAUUAUUUCACCAAUGACAGCUAUUCUUUCUAAUAAAACUGUGCAAAAUAAUAUAAUAUCAAAUAUUACAAAAGAAGAAGUGGCAAAUGCUAUCAUAUCUAAUAAUAAUUUAACUAUAAAAUUAAUAUCUACAGAAGUAACAGAAAUGCCAUUAAAUGAUGCAACAAAUAAUAUGUCUGAUGUAAAUAAUAUUUCUUUACCAUAUAUUUGUUCCAAUUCUUCAAUAAUUCCUCCAGAUCCUAAUAAAACAUAUGGACACUUUAUAAAAAAGAUUGAUGUUCGUGCACCCAUAAGAAAUAUAACAGUAGAGGGUACUAAUUGGAUUCAACCUUGGGAUAUGUUAUCUCUUAAUGUAACAUGCAAAGGUUCAGGACCUUUUAAUAAGUGCCUUCAGUUUCAAAGAGGGAAGUAUAAUAUUACUGGAAAUGAAACAUGCAACAAUAUAGAUAAUCUUUAUUCUUGUAAUUUUUCUAUUAUUCAUUAUUUUUUGGAACCAAGUAUAUACACAAUAUUAAUCAUAUUAAAUAAUGAUGUCAGCAAACAAAUUUAUCCUUUGACAAUAAAUAUUUAUAAAGUAACAACAAAACCACAAUUAUCAGUCAUAGUGGUACCUGUUUCUUGUUCACUUGCUGCUGUGGUACUCAUUAUUUUUGGCAUUGCAUAUUAUAUACAAAGUAGAGCAAAAUUUACUAUAGAAGUUGCAGAUUUUGAUUUUGGUCAGAAUAAUCCAGAGAUGGAAUAUAAAACAUUCACAGAACGAUUACGAGAUUCAAUUAAUAACGCCAUAAGACCAGGAAGCAAACGGAUAAGUGGUUAUAAACCUCUUACUAAUUCUCAAACUCUUCAAUGAUUAAAAUGGAAAAAAAAAAUAAUAAUCAAGUAAUGAAAUUAAAAGUCAUAA